GUUUCCGUGUAUCUUGUAAACAAGUGGAGAGCCACGUGACAGAUUGAAAGCAGGUUAGCUUCACACAGUCGAGCAUUUUCUAUUAAAACUAAUUAAUUUGUCAACACUAAUCUUUUUGUCGCUGAAUCGAUUUCUGAUGCACGUUAAUAUUAGAAACAGAUUAAGAUAAAAUAAAUAUCGCAACCAUCUUUUUUCUGAUAUCAUGACUCCUGGGGCGAAAGUCUUGCAGUAUGAGACGUUUAUCAAUGAAGUAUUGAAAAUAGACUUACAGAAAGUAUUGGAGCAAAGAGAUGCCAUGUAUGAGAAAAUAGCACAAUACCUUCAGCUACAGAACACAAUUAAAAGUAUUCAGGAAACUGACAGCAAGGAACUCAAAACUGAGGUUGACCUUGGCUGCAAUUUCUAUGUGCAGGCUCACGUACCUGAUGCAUCAAAAAUAUAUGUGGCAGUUGGGUAUGGAUUCUUUGUCGAAUUCACACAUGCAGAGGCUUUAAAGUUCAUAGAAAAGAAGACUAAUCAGCUAACAGAGUAUACUGAGGUCCUUACCAAAGAUGCAGCAAAGAUAAAGGCCAACAUUCGCAUGGUUUUGGAGGGUUUAAGGGAAUUGCAAGGUCUGAAAGAUCUUCCAGAGGACAGAAGGAGAGAGGUGUUUUAGUACAGUACACCAAACACAGCACAUUGUAAUACAUUUGCACAUAUGACUGUAAAUGUUUGUUUCAAAAAGUGUGAACUUUAUGGCAGCCAGGCUCAGAUGAACAUUGCCUUUUAACAGGUUAUACUGUUGUUUUGAAAAGUUUGCUGAAUAAAUACAU